UAUGUUUUCAAUGCUAAACUUUGAUCCAGAAAACCACGUAUUAUUCAAAGCACUUAGUCUAUAAUCAUGAGGUUGUCCAUGCUUUUGGUGGCACCGGUACGAUAAUUGUUUGACAAUUAUCUUCUACGAAAAUAAUUUUUUAAUGUAUUUUUUUGCAAAUUAAUUAUUUACCAUUUCGUUGUCACAAAUGGGACACUUUUUAGUUGCUAAUAAUAAACCCAUUGUUAUACACCAGUUAAUCAUUGUCUCCUGUGAGACAAGUAUUAGUCUAAAUAAUGUCUUUAGAUUAAUCAUUUUGUUCACUAAAUUUAAGUCAUAGCUUUCAAAAGAAACAUAACUUUCAAGAAAAACUUAACAAAGAAAAUAUUCUCUAAUUUACAAUAAAAUUAAUAGUAAUUCACGAGACAUUCAUAUAUUUAUCUUUAAAAUUGUAUUAAAUAUUAAUCGCGUGAACAACAAGUGGCAGCUAUACUAUACAAUACCCAAAACUACUAUUUUGACUGAACAGCAACAAAAAAAAUGACUCAAAGAGCACAGACAUCACGACAACGGCGGGUAUUAACACCACCGCAACAGCCGAUAUCACCGCAACCGAUGCCACUGCCGACUCCGGCAUCUAAUCUCAGACCUAUAGGCUGUCCACAAGGACUCGAAUAUCUUCUCUAUGUUGACCAACUGUUAGUUAAACAAAAGGUUGAACUAUUGGAAGUGUUGACCGGUUUUGAGACAAAUAAUCAGUACGAUAUUCAAAACAACCUAGGCCAGAAUAUCUAUCUGGCCUCGGAAAACACCGAUUGCUGUACGCGAUGCUGUUGCGGACCAAAUCGGGCGUUUGAGAUGCGCAUUAUGGCCGCCAACCAACAGGAGGUCAUGCAUCUGACUCGACCGUUAAGAUGUGACAAUUGUUACUGUUUCUGUUGUCUACAAUAUGUCAGAGUAGAGUCGCCUCCCGGACAGCUCAUCGGACACGUUGAACAACAAUGGAGUUGUUUGAGACCAGCCUAUCGUGUGAUUGAUGCCAACGGAGAGGUUAUAUUGAAAAUUUUGGGACCAUUUUGUACGUUCAGUAUCUUCUGUCAAGAUGUCGAGUUUCAAGUCGUAUCCAAAAACGGCGACAUCAAAGUCGGCCGAAUUACCAAACAAUGGUCGGGUAUACUGAAAGAAACGUUUACCGAUGCGGACAUAUUUGGUGUAGUCUUUCCAUUAGAUAUGGAUGUUAAAGCCAAGGCCUGUCUGUUGGCGGCAACCAUUCUCAUCGAUUACAUGUUCUUCGAAAAGAAAGGUAAUGACGAAAAAGAUAGACCAGGAAUGAUGGAUACCAGAUGGUGACCAUUCAAUUGGUUAAAUAUAUCCAUAUAUAAGUGAUC